CAAGAAUUCAGUGACUGUAAUCAUAUUCAGAGCAAGGGAGAGCGAGUACUAGCCAAAUGAGUGUGUGAUCCUCCUUUUUUUUCUUUUUGCACAUUAUACUGAAAGAGCGGCUCUCACGGACCACCUUAAAGUGAACGAACUGAACUAUAUAGCUACCUUUCGGAAUCAGCAGUUUGGCGUGGACUUCGCACAUGAGCUGUAAUGCACAAGGCACGAUGGAGAACAAGGUAUUUUGAGAAUAAUCAGUCACUGGAAUUGUACAGCACGGGAGUCUUGAAGGAUAACAUUCUGCUCAAGAACCGAGAGUAUACGGGAUAGCCACCGAGGCAAACGUUUAGGAGCGUAACGUUAAUGAAGCACUUUGAACGUUUGUGAAACCCAUCCAGUGGAGUUUUCUGGCUGUUCAUCCUUGGUAUAACGAAAGGAUGGAUAUUUGUUUACCGAUUUAAAUGGACAGUGACUCUCAGCGCACACACGGAGCGUGUUAACCAAGAAACUAAAAUUCCCAACAAAAAGAGGAGUAAAGAAUUGCUGUUUUGUGAAACAAUAACGUUCUUAUAAAAAUCAGCGAGAUACGUCUGGAGCGCGCAGGGUACCUGUCUCGCAGUCGCACUAUAUCCACUUUACAGAACACGUAAAAGAAGGAGAAACUUAUGGAACUUUUUGAAUUUGCGACAACACACCAAUUUGUCUUUCAAUGGCAGGCUGAAAUGGGAGCAGCAGUGCUUUGAAGAACUGUUUUGCAAUUCUGAACAAUACAUCUGUUUCUCCGUAACCCAACAUACAUAACCUGUGCUGCAAUUUAACCAAGCACGAUCAGUGUGCAACAAAGGCGAGACCUCGGAUUUGCAUUGAUUGGUGCUUCAUCUAUGAGUUCAGCACAAAUCCAGGUGGCAAACCGAAUAAAGUACAUGAGACGUUGUUAAUUUGGAUCAGAACAUCGAGCGGGAUUUACGCCGUAUCCAUCUCUAUCAACUUCGCGAAUUCACCAUACAAACUAAAUUUAGGAUGGCUGGCGUGAGGUGCUGUUGGAAGUAUUACCUCUGGAUUUUGAUUGCCAUGUGCAGAUCUGCGUUGCCUUUAGCAAAAAUCUUGGAUUCGGUGUUUUGGAGCUCACAAAAUCCCAAGUUUUUGCCUGGAAAGGGCUUGGUGAUUUACCCUGAGAUAGGAGACAAGCUGGACAUUAUUUGCCCAAAGGCUGAAGUUGGACGACCAUAUGAGUACUAUAAGCUGUACUUGGUGAAGAAGAUCCAGGCAGAUUCCUGUAGUACAGUUAUGGACCCCAAUGUGCUGGUUAAUUGUAACAAGCCUGAAAAAGACAUCAAGUUCACCAUCAAGUUCCAGGAGUUCAGUCCAAACUAUAUGGGCCUGGAGUUCAAACGGAAUAUAAGCUACUACAUCACAUCCACAUCCAAUGGAACCCUUGAAGGGCUUGAAAACAGGGAAGGUGGCGUCUGUAACACUCGUUCAAUGAAGAUUAUCAUGAAAGUUGGACAGGAUCCAAACAUGGUCAUACCAGAUGUAGGGCCUAUAGAUAAACCAGGCAAGAAGGAGGAGACCAUAGGAAAAGACUCAACAACCAGUCCCACAAGAAUGAAAGAUAAGGUACCUGGGGAACAAGGCAAUAAGGACACUAUUAACCAAGAAAACAACUCAAAGAAAGAUGAAGGAAUCUUCGGCUCAAAGCCAGCACUCUUUGCAGCUAUUGGGGCAGGCUGUGUCAUUUUCCUCCUGAUCAUCAUCUUUCUCAUCAUCCUCCUGAUAAAGAUUAGAAAGCGGCACAGGAAGCACACUCAGCAGAGAACGGCGGCCCUGUCUCUCAGCACACUUGCCAGCCCCAAAUGCUCUGGUAAUGCUGGUUCAGAGCCCAGUGACAUUAUCAUCCCUUUACGGACUACAGAAAAUAACUACUGCCCUCACUAUGAGAAGGUCAGCGGAGAUUACGGACAUCCGGUCUACAUUGUGCAGGAAAUGCCACCACAGAGCCCAGCAAACAUCUAUUACAAAGUGUGAAGACCGUGAGGGAAAUAUUAAAGAAAAUUUAGGAUGUUUGUUUUUAGAGAAUCCUGGCCUACUUUUUACUACCUAGACCUUCUGAUGUUGAUAGACACCUUUUGAUAUUUCAACAGUGACACAAGGAAGAGAAGGAAAAGGAAUGAGUGAGUGAUAACAGGGAAGGUCUACAUGGAUACAGUAGUCAAGACUUUUUGAUUUUCUUAGUAGGCCAAAGGCAGGUUAUGUGGGUCUGUCUCAUCUUCUCUUCCUCCUGUUUCUUGGUAAUCCUUUGGAUGUACAGUACUGUUCAGAAUCACAUAUCCUCCAUAUUUUGCUGUUUGAGUCCUUGGAAGAAGAAGGGUGGGCUCUUAAGAUGAUUAGGCCUUUGAAACAAAGUAGCCUUUGUUCUUGCUCUUAAGGAGUCAAGAAGGAACAGGGUAUUUUAAAAAUAAAUAAACCCUGAAAUAAUGGGCUAUCUGUCAUGCAAGGACUUCAUAGCUGACGAAGCCUUCACAGAUUGCUCAGGUAACAGGGCACAGUGCGGUGACAAAUAAUACAAAUGCAUUCACUUUCUCUUCAGAACACAUUGUUUACCUUACUUUUAGUGCAGUUAUCUCUCCCUUUCACAAUUUUUUGUUUGUAAGACUUUUUCUUGUAGUUUAUAAACUAUAUAAUGUAAAAUUGUUAAUUUUACAAUGACACACAGAAUGCCCAUCCACAUAGAGGAGCAUCCAGAAACAAUGUUUUGAACAUUGAACAUUGAGAGGGCUUUGUCUAAAUACAUUGACAAGUGAUAGUUAAAACUGUGGCAGUAAGCAAAGUUUGCGUGGUUUGGGCAGUUCCUGAUCCUGCUAAACGUACCAGCUACUACUUUUUGAUGUUUCAAAGUGUUUGUCCUGCUCACACAGGAAAGCAAGCAGAGUACAGUUUAAAAAGUCAAGAAUGUGCUUACCUUUUCUUUUUUGCAAUUAAUGAAAGAUAAACAAAACCAGCAGUCUAUGCUGAAAAGUCACUAGGUGCUAUUAAUUAAGGCAUGUCAAGAAAAAGAGGUUAUGGUUAAAUUGUGAAGUGACUUGAAAAUAAAAAGGUUAUGUUGCUAAGUCCACAAGUCAUUCUUUAUCUGAAAGCUAUCUGAAAUCUGAGGCAACCCUGUUGAACUCUCUGAUCCAAAGUUAGCCUCCAGUAUUCCUCUUGGUGAGAAAGAACAACAAGAUCAAAUUUGUUUGACAGCAAACAGUGUGGAAGCAAUUAAGAUGCUAUCAGACAGAAGACAGAUUCGGAGACCAGGUUUCAUUCAUGACUUCGUUUUGUUCAGUGUUAGUUUCUAGCCUUAGUUUAGAUAUUCAUGUGACAAGGAGUGUAUGAACUUCACAUUGCACAAUUCUCCUCUUUUGUAACUCUGUGGCAGUCUGCACUUCAUACUCUGUAAUAGCUGAUAAGGGUGUGUAUCUGUAUUCAGAUAUCCUCACAUCCCACACCAAGUCAGCUAACGCAGCCAACUUCAAUACAGAACACUUUGACUGGGGAAUUGGCCUUCUUUGCAAAGACCUGGCUCAAUCAAGUAUGUGUACAGCUGUGAGACAUACAGCUGCAAAAUGCAGAACAUGUGUGAGGUGCAUCUCAGAAAAUAAAAGUGUUUUCAAGUUCAAUGAUGAUAAUAAAAAUAGUUUGGCAGAUACACCCCAGCUGAAAUUUUCCCUAGCUCUUUAGUUGAUGGGGAAACAAAGACAUACCUUAAGCAGUGGCUUUUUAGAAUAAACACUCAUGUUAACAAGGAUAUGAAUAUAGUAUGAGAUGUGAAUUACAGAAGCUAUAAUUCAAUUCCCAAAAUGAUGUUUUUCCCUGAUCAGUUUUGUAUAUACAAAGCCCGUUUCUUGAUAUUGUCUUUUUUAAGUUUGUCUUUUACCUUUUUAAGUCAGCAGUUGAAGCUGAAAGCUCAUACUGUAUGUACACAAAAUGGUGGAUUUCCUGACCAUAAAGAAAAUAUUAAAAACAAGAAAGAACAUACAGAACUGGAGUUUAAAGUGUAAGUUUAAGUUGGGUUUUUUUCACUGAAUAUUUCAAAUUUCCUCCAAUACAAAGUUAUUUAACUUAAUCAGUAAUCAUGCAUACUUUACACUGUUGUAAAGCUUCAUCUGUUAAAAUCUUUUUUUUAUUCUUUCUGUGACCAUCUGCUUACUUCCAAAAGAAAUGGCCCCUGUUUUGUUACUAUCUAAUCACCAUAUAGUAUCCAAGAAACCUCAAGAUGAUGCUGUACCACGUGUUUGUUCAGCAAUUCCUUAAAAUGCCUUUUUAGUUGUCUGGGUUCCUCUUCUUGACUGAAAAUUGUUUUAUAAGUCACAGUGAAAUAUAUUACUUUUAUCACCUUUAUGUUUUUGGUUAAAAGGCAAAACAAUCAAACAUUGUAAUAUAAUCAGUUUUUAGGGAAAAAAUAGAAGGGUGUUUUUUAAAUGUUCAGCAUAAAGUAAUCAAGCAGUCAGGUGGAAACACAUUUGCUUGGGAGAAAAACAAAGAAAACCUCUAUGGAAGUAUCACUUGUUCAAGCUGUUUGACUUGACUAGCUUAGAGUGGUACUGCGAGUGAGAGCUUGGGGUGUGAAAUAACUGUCUUAAAAAUAUACAAGAACUGACGUCUUUUAUACUGUUAGAAAUCACAAAAAAUGUAUAGGAUAGGUAGUCCAGCCACGCCCUGUGCUUGUUCUGUGAAACUUGGAGUACACAUUAAAUGUUUUUGACAAAAAUGCCUUUCAUUAAUACAGUGUAUUCAGGGAGUGCCAUAGAACUAAAGUGAGGCUUUACAUCUGGGAAACAGCACUCAAAUUAUUGAGGCCUAAAACAUGUAAACUCCAAAUGUUUCAGAUAUUAAAUGACAAAAAAACACCACUCACUUGUGCUGUUAUUGUGACAAAACAGAUUUUGUCUUCUGAAAACAAAAUCUUUUAACGAUAAUUUAAAAAUACCCUAUGAGAUUUAAUAGUUACUUUUGUGGUUUUAUUUUUUUCCAUUAUUAUUUUUGUUUUUUUAUUUUCGUUAAUUGGCUUGCAUUGCAAAUGGCUCAGUUUGCAAUCUGGCAGAAACAGUAAAAUUAAAACAAUGUACAUAUGUGAAAAAAAAGUUAAAUUUAUUAGAACCCCGUUUAUGAAAAUAUCAAA